GUUUCCAGCAGCCUUAAAGGCGUCAAGGCUUUAUACUCCAACGUCCACUGGUCAAACAGUUAAGAAAGUUUCUUUACUGAAAGGUUUCCAACAGAACUUAAUUAAAAGAAGGCGUGCCCUCAGAGCAAAGUCUUCUUUAGUACCUCCUUGAGUUUCUCAGCAAAGCUAGCCUCCCACUUUGGUGCCUUUUAGGUCACGUGACCUGUAGGGCACUCAAAAAGAGCUAAAAACCAAAAGGGCAGCUCCCAGUAGCUUGUCUUCAAGCGUUUCUUACCCUCCAUUCACAAUUUCUACUUCAAUCACCGACACUCUAUUUCCUUAUUCUGAGAAAUGGCAACCAGUAUCUUUGUCAAUGCUAAAGGACCCUUGUCCUUCGAACACCCUGUGUAUAGAGACUAUACUCAAGGAGGCCCCGCAGCCUCCAUAUGUGACCCCGACCCGGGAUCUUCAGGUCAACUGUGUCUCACAACACUCCUUGACCCAACCUUGUCAUGCGUUUAACAUACCACCUACUAACAACGAAGAUCCUUCUAUGGAUGGAACUCUGGACCUUUUUGGUGCCGAUGAUGACAACCCUCUCUUCCAAUUAGACGAUUCUUUGCUCGAGUAUUGCCUCAAGCAGGAUAUUCCGUCGAUUGGUGGAGAGGGGGAGUCUUGUUCUCCACCCGAAAGAGCCCCAGAGGUUGACCCCCUGGAUAACCCUAUGCUUGACAGUGUCUUUGACCUGUCUGCCUUCCUAGAUCCCUCCCUCUCCUCCUCCUCUUUCUUAACUCCUGAUUAUACCCAGUCAUUGCUACAUACGCAAGUUUCUAGCGAUGAUGCUGUUCCUUAUACCUUUAAUGCUACUACCUGUACUACCGCUGCACCUCAGUCACCUUUAUCUUCAUCUUCUUCUCCUUUUGUGUCAUCGGCAUCUUCCACAACCUUCCCCGUCUCUCCCUCUCCAAUCUCUUCUUCUGUGUGUAGUCCUGCUCCUUCUUUACUUGAUGAUAUGAUUGCUACUGAUGGUCGUAAGAGGAAAGCUAGUUCCGACGUUGAUCCUCUUCCCAUUUCUCCUAGCAAACUCGCCAAAAAGGCCGAGAGGAAAGAAAAGAAUAACGCAGCCUCAAAGGUCUCAAGAGCAAAGCGAAAGCAAAAGAUGAAGUCUCUUUUUGAGCGUGAGAAAGAACUUGAGUCAGAGAAUGCCAGGUUGAAACUUCAAGUUGAAGAAAUGACAAAGGAAGCCGAGAAAUUAAAGAAACAACUUAUACUUAGAUUGUCUCAGUAAUUUUUUAGUUAUUUAUUUUUGCUAUAGCUACUUUUAACUUAAACAUUAUGAUUAUUUUUAGUAAAAAUUA